AUGUGUGUGGGGACUUGUACUCGGAUCCUGGGCCCAUGCCUCCUUAUCUUGGGCUUUCUUUCCAUUACUGCUAAUAUUCUCCUACUCUUUCCCAAUUGGGAAUGGUGUUACCUAAGCCUGGGCCAAAUAUCCAAGAGGGCAAUGCUAAUGCCAGGGGUGUGGGGAGGAGGCCUGCUGGUUUUUCCUGCUGCAAUUCAGAUCACAGGUAUUGGAUGGAGGUGGAAGUACUUCAGCAGCUCAGGAACUUGCUGUAAGAUGUUUCUUUCCAUUCUGCUAUCAGGAUUGGCUCUCCUGGGAUCAGCGACCUGUUUUAUUUUGUCUGGUUCAGGCUUGACGGAGGGGCCUCUGUGUCUCUAUAAUUCCACCCUCAAUCACAACAAGGUGCAACAGUGGGGCUACCCGUUUCUUGAAAUGGACUACCCCGUCUUCAACCAUGGGGUUCAGAAUUACCUGUAUGAUCCUUCCCUUUGGAAUUCAGUUUGCAUCAAGCCACAGAAUAUUGUUGGCUGGAAUGUGUAUUUCUUCUCUUCCCUCCUAGUCGUCAGCAUGGUUGAAAUGGUCCUGGCUGCUCUCCAAAUUAUCAAUGGCUGUUUUGGAUGUGUCUGUGGCUUAUGUGAACAGAAGAAAUAG